UGAUUGAUUUCGUUUUGCACACAGCACAGUCUGUGUGCAUGACAUUUCAUUCAAUCAACAUAUUUAUCGAGUGAAUGUAGCACAUACUAAAAAAAGCACAGCCACAAUGAGCGAUUUAGAUAAAAGUUUAGAAAAUCUUUCGCUUGAUGGUGAAGAUAUAGCAGUACGUCAUAAAAAAGAGCGAAAAGAAUUGCAGGCAAAAAUACAAGCGCUGAAAAAGACCGCAGGAAAAGGCGAUAAGAAAAAGAAAAAAGAGGUGCUCGAAGAAAUCGCUCGAUUGGAAAGCGAUUUGGAUAAAAGGCAUGCCGAUGAAUUGGCUCAAGCUGAAAAAACUACCACAGUGAACAGUGACCAUGAACAAGAUGCCAUCAAUCAAAAUGAUGUCGAAUCCAUCGAUGAUGACGAUAAAACUGUUCGUGUUUCGCGAGCUCAAAAACGUCGUGAGAAGAAGUUAAACGAAGAGAAAAUUCGGCAAGCCGAAAUUUUAGCACAGGAAGAAAUAAAUAAAACCGGUCCACGCGUUAUUGAAUUAAAUACCAUCAAAAAUAUCCUGGCCAAACGAAAUCUACUGCUUCAUCCCAUUGCUAGCGAUGGAAAUUGUCUAUAUAAUGCACUACGGAAUCAAUUACAAGUUACAGGGAGAAAUGCUGAUGACGUUCAAACGUUACGGAAUAAAACUGCCGAUUAUAUUCUACAAAAUAAGGAUUCAUUGAUAUUUUACAUGAGCCAUCCCGAUACGGGAGACUGUCUCACCGACGCUGAAUUUGAAAGAUACUGUUUGGAUUUGAAAAAUACCGCUGCUUGGGGUGGCCAAAUUGAAAUAUCUGCAUUGUCACAGAUUUUACAAGUUCCAAUUGAAGUGAUUCAAGCCACCGGUCCGCCCACCAUUCAAGGUGAUGACAAAUUCAAAGGUCCGAAUUUAGUCAUCACAUUUCAUCGAGCGAUGUACAGUUUGGGUGAACAUUACAAUGGAACCAAACCGCUUAACAAAAACACCACCGAUAACGACGAUAACGAUGAAUAGACAUGAUUUUAAAUCAUCCGAAAAACGGUUGCCAUUCACAAACACACAUACACAAUCUAUAUUCUCAUCAGUAAACUCUCUUUUAACUCAUUUACAAUAUGUGUACCACUUUAAUGUAAAACACCAUUUAAACGCAAAUAUAUUUAAUAAAAUGUUAUUGUAAA